UGGUGCAAUGGAAGCAGUAUAAAAGAGGUUGAAGGUUCCCAUAGAGGACUUUUUAGGAGAUAGCCACAGAUCUCCAAACCUGGGACUGCGUUGGUCACGAUGAAGAAUUGUUUCAUCCUCAUCGUCCUCCUUUUGUGUGGCCUCAACCUCCAUGCAGAGUUUGCUCGGACUUCCUCCUUUUCUGGGGAGUAUGGGGGGACAGGUGGAAAGCGCUUUUCUCAUUCUGGGAACCAACUUGAGGGGCCCAUAACAGCCAUAAGGGUCCGGGUUAACAGUUGGUACAUUGUGGGCUUGCAGGUCCGUUAUGGAAAAGACUGGAGUAACUACCUUGGUGGCAAUUCGGGAGAUUUGGAGGAAAUCUUCUUGUUCCCAGGAGAGUCCAUCAUUCAAGUAUCUGGAAGAUAUAAAACUUAUCUCCAGAAAGUGGUCUUCGUCACGAACCGGGGGCGCUACUUUCCUCUCGGCAGGGACGACGGCACCAGUUUCAGUGGGGCACCACUCUACCCAAACACCGUCUUGCGUUAUUUCAGCGGACGUUCCGGUUCCCUCAUUGAUGCCAUUGGAUUCCACUGGGAUAAGUAUCCUUGCAGUUGCAGCAAUUGUAGAAAUCAGACGCAGCAACAAGAGGUUGCAGAGAGUGAGCAGAGUAGCGGAAAGCCUCUGCUACCCGUGAGAUUAGUGUAAUAAGUUCCUUCAACCUCCAAGGAUACUAGCCUCCCUUGCCCUAUUGCCAAUUAUCUGUCUCUCUACAGAUGCCUACUAAACCAAUAAACCAUCCUAAACCGAAACAACCUUUUCUUCCAACAUAUUUCCCACCCCUCCUUUAUCCUUAAAAGGAAAGGAAAGAAAAGCUACCAUCCAUCUGAUCUGCCUCAACUUUGCUUUGGAGCCGUUCUUCCUACAAAGGAUCCAGCCCUGAACACUGUGGCUAAUAAAAGGCAAACUGGAAACAAA